AUGAAUAGGUAUCUCCUCGGAAACUUUGCGCCCAUCCAGACCACGGUGUCUGACAUUACCUGUGUUGUGAAGGGCUCAAUACCCGAAGAGUUCCACGGUGGUCAAUACGUUCGGAAUGGAAGUAACCCGCUUAAAGAUGACACAAAGCACGAUAUCCACUGGUUCGACGGCGAUGGCAUGCUCACUGGCGUCUUCUUCAAGCGGGAUCUAGAUACACCAAGAGUCCAGCCGGUUUUCUCUAAUCAGUAUAUCGAGACAGAUGUUUACAGUGCCCGUAAAAAGUCCCCAUGGAUCUACCCCGUCAUUCCUGGUAUGAACACCAUGAUUGAUCCCAGAACAUCAUCGAUCAAAAUAGCAAUGAGCCUCGUACGCACAGCAGCGAUAGUAACUGCAUCGAUCUGUGGUUGGAUCGCCCGUCCAAUUAAAAGAAUAGGUACUGCCAAUACAAGCCUCUUUCAUCACGAUGGCCGAGUCCUUGCCACUAAUGAAAUCGGGCCUCCCAUGCGGGUUUUUCUUCCCUCUUUGAAAACCGUUGGCUGGUUUACCGGAAGCCAGGCUGAAGGCGAGUCAGAUCAGGAGGAUUCAUCGAAACCCUAUUUCGGUGCUCCUGGUCUUGAAGGGGUGUACAAAGAAAUGACUACGGCUCAUGUAUGGAAUCUAGGCCGACCCAGAAGCUUAUUUCUUGGAAUCUGA